AUGGAUGCUCGCCUUGACACUCUCAGCGAUGAGUUAUGUCAGGUGAACACCUGUGUCAGUCGUAUCGCACGUCGACAAGCUAUGAGGGGUGGUUUCACAGUGGCUUCCUCUCCUUCUCCCGAGGCAUCUAAGGAUGAGAGUGACGAUGGCUCCAACAAUGCUGAUGAUGCUGAGGAUGAUGAUGAUGCUUCCCUGAGAAAGAAAACAACAAAAAAGUGGGUAACUUUCACAAUCUGGACAGCUUACCUUCUGGCUGACUGGGCUGCUAGCUUCGCUGUUGGACUAGUCUUUGACAGUGAAGAGAAAUAUAAUUCUGGGCCUGACAAAGUGGACGAUACUGGUUUUCUUCUGGUGUUAUGGGCACCUUUCCUAUUAUUAAUGGUUGGUGGGCAGGAUGGAAUAACUUCUUUCGCUGUGCAGGAUAAUGAGUUGUGGCUUAGGCACUUGAUUUGGCUUAUUCUCCAACUCUCCACCACUGGUUUUGUGUUUAUUCAAUCAGUUCAUCAAAACAGACUAUGGAUACCAACACUUCUUUUGCUGCUUGCUGGAACCAUCAAGUAUUCUGAGAGGACGAUUGCGUUGUAUCUUGCAAGUUCGGAUAGUUUUGGAACAUCCGUACUUAAAGAACCGAAUCCGGGGCCCGACUAUGAGAGAUUAAUGAGAACAUACUCGCACUAUGAAGCGAGCAAUGUUCCUGUACAAUUUGUACUUUCCGAUGAGAAGAAAUCCCAGGACUACCUCGCUUGUAAUGUCAAAGAGGGCGCUUUGACUGACAUGGAAUAUCUGCUGUAUGCUCAUAGGUUUGCAAAUAUGUAUAGAGGAUUGAUUGUCAAUCUCAUGUUUAGCUCCCGUGAGCAUGGGGAGAGUCGAAAUUUCUUCUCCAGAAGGGAUCCAAACGAAACGUUGAGAAUAUUAGAGAUCGAACUCAACUUAUUUUACGAUCUUCUCCAUACCAAGGUGGUGGUGGCAAAUUCCAACUUAGGACAAUUGGUUCGGUGUAUAUCCUUUGGGUUAGUUGUUGCAGCCUUGUCACUUUUCCAUAAAGAAGACAAGCAUGGUCUCAAGAGCUUCGAUGUGAGACUGACCUACACCUUGUUCUUUGGUGUCUUAGGCCUGGAUAUGGUUAUUUACCUCAUAUGGAUGUUCUCUGACUGGACUAUUGGUUCCUGUUUUAAGUCUACGAGAUAUGUCAUUCGAGUCUUGAAGAUAUUACUUCAGCUGAAGAAGUCAAGAUGGAUGCAAUCAGAUCACAGGAGGGAGGAAAUUGCAAGUACACCAAUAAUAUCUAAAAGGUGGUCUGAAUCUCUCUCACAAUUCAACUUUAUAGAGUUUUGUUGCCAAGAAAGUGGUUCAGAAAGUGAGUUCAGAAUUAUGAUCACAAAGGUACUUAAAUAUAUGCACAUUAAGGAUUUUAUAGAACAGAAGAAAAUUGACAUUAUUCUGAUGUGUAAUGGGAGUGUCGAACCAUUGACUCGGAAACUAUGGCAAUUUAUCUUCGACGAGCUGUUAGAGAAAUCUAGACAUGUGGAUGAUCCAGAAGAAGCCAAAAGAAUAAGCUCAGCUAGAGGUGCAUGGGUCCUCGAGGAUUGUUACUACGAGUACAGUGAAUUAAUGUCUUAUGUCAAGGAUGUUGCUUAUGAUGAAAGCCUUCUGUUGUGGCACAUUGCUACUGAACUCUGCUACAACACCGAUGAAGUUGAACACAGUCACAUAAUUUUGGAUUGUGACUAUUAUAAUGCUCGUAAGUUGAGUAAGUGCCUCUCAGAUUACAUGAUGUAUCUUUUAUAUCAACAACCAGUUUUGAUGUCGGAAGUGUCAGGCAUUGCGAAACAAAGGUUCAGGGAUACAUUGGCCGAAGCACAAAGAUUCUUUAGCCAACGCGGACGGAGACCGUUAGCAGUGGACUGUGAAAAAAUUCUUGAGGUAGGCACACGUUUCAAACCUGCUCAUGUGAAGGGAAAUAUAUCUAAGUCUGCACUGUUUGAUGCAAGCACAUUGGCAAAAGAGCUGAAAAAAUUGGGCACACAGAAAUGGGAGGUAACAAGCAAAGUGUGGGUGGAAUUGUUGUCAUAUGCUGCGAGUCGUAGCAGAGGAAAUGGCCAUGUCCAACAACUAAGUAAAGGGGGUGAGCUUCUUACUUUUGUUUGGUUAUUGAUGGCCCAUCUUGGCUUGAGAGAGUCUUGGGUUGAGACCCGUAUCCGCACAAAGCUGAUUGUUGGUAAAUGA